AUGCUUCUGUUGCAAUUUUAUAAUGAACGUUUUUUUCAUUUUCUUUUUUUAAAAAUUUAUCCUACCUCUUUGUUUUCUUUCCUUUUCUUUUCUCGUCUUCAGUGUUUAUUUUCUUCUUCUUUUUUUCUCUUUUAUCUUCAUUGCUUUUCCCUCUACUUUCUUUUCUUCUUUUAUUUCAUACUUUUAAAAAUUUCUUUUUCUAAUUCCUUUUUCUUUUUUCCUUCUUGUUUCCUUUCAGAAGAAAAGGCCAGACCAGGAGACAAGAGGGAUAAGAGUAAAAUCUGGUCGAUAUUACUGGUUGAUCACCUCUCUCUCUCUCUUUCUCACUCUGUCUACCUCUCUAUUUCUCUCUUUCUCUCUCACUCAAUUUAUCUUUUUAUUUUUCUCUCUCUCUCACAAGCACACUCUCUCUAUUUAUCUGUAUCUCUCUCACUCUCUCUAUUUCUCUCUCUCUCUCAAUUUAUCUCUUUAUUUUUCUCUCUCUCUCACUCUCUCUCUCUAUUUAUCUAUAUCUCUCUCACUCUCUCUAUUUCUCUCUUUCUCUCUCUCAAUUUAUCUCUUUAUUUCUCUCUCUCUCUAUUUAUCUGUAUCUCUCUCACUCUCUCUAUUUCUCUCUCUCUCAAUUUAUCUCUUUAUUUUUUCUCUCUCUCUCUCACUCUCUCUCUAUUUAUCUGCAUCACUCUCACUCUCUCUAUUUCUCUCUUUCUCUCUCUCUCAAUUUAUCUCUUUAUUUCUCUCUCUCACUCUCACUCUAUUUAUCUGUAUCUCUCUCGCUCUCUCUAUUUCUCUCUCUCUCAAUUUAUCUCUAUUUUUCUCUCUCUCACUCUCUCUCUCUCUAUUUAUCUGUAUCUCUCUCACUCUCUCUAUUUCUCUCUCUCUCUCAAUUUAUCUCUUUAUUUUUCACUCUCUCACUCUAUUUAUCUGUAUCUCUCUCGCUCUCUCUAUUUCUCUCUUUCUCUCUCUCUCUCAAUUUAUCACUUUAUUUUUCUCUCUCUCACACUCUCUUUAUUUAUCUGUAUCUCUCUCACUCUCUCUAUUUCUCUCUUUCUCUCUCACUCUCUCUAUUUCUCUCUUUCUCUCUCUCAAUUUAUCUCUUUAUUUCUCUCUCUAUUUAUCUGUAUAUCUCUCACUCUCUCUAUUUCUCUCUCAAUUUAUCUCUUUAUUUUUCACUCUCUCUCUCUAUUUAUCUGUAUCUUUCUCACUCUCUCUAUUUCUCUCUCUCUCAAUUUAUCUCUUUAUUUUUUCUCUCUCUCUCUCACUCUCUCUCACUCUUUCUCUAUUUAUCUGCAUCACUCUCACUCUCUCUAUUUCUCUCUUUCUCUCUCUCUCAAUUUAUCUCUUUAUUUCUCUCUCUCACUCUCACUCUAUUUAUCUGUAUCUCUCUCGCUCUCUCUAUUUUUCUCUCUCUCAAUUUAUCACUUUAUUUUUCUCUCUCUCACACUCUCUCUAUUUAUCUGGAUCUCUCUCAUUCUCUCUACUUCUCUCUCUCAUUACGUCUCUCUUUUUCUCUCUCUCUUACUCUAUCGGUAUUUAUCUCACUCGCUCUCUCUCUAUUUAUCUCUAUCUCAAUCUCUCUAUUUCUCUCACUCUCAUUAUCUAUCUAUUUAUAUCUCUCACUUUCUCUGUCUCUUUCUCCCUCCCUCCCUCUAUUUCUCUCUCCCAUACGCUUUCUCUAUCUCCCUAUUUAUCUCUGCCUCACUCUCUAUUUCUCUCUCUUUCACUCUCUCACACUUCAUCUCUAUCACUCACUCUCUCUAUUUAGUCGGCUAA